AUGAAAUUGGUGAACCUCACUGAGAACGCGAAUAGUAAAUGUCGGCUCUGUGAGAAGAUUGAAACCAAACUUCGUCGACGAAGCGCCGAAAUUGAUCGUUUGGAGCGAUGGAAGAGGGAGGGAUCCAACCUCGUAGCCUCGAUUGACCAUUGCCACAAACUCAUCAUGGAGCUCGACAAGGAGAUCAUGGGCUUGCAACGCGAGCGCGAGGACCGUCGGCGCACAUUGCUGAGGUAG